AUUUCACCGUUACCCGCCGUUUUCCUUCCCUCUCCACGGUUCAACGCCUACACUUUCGCUACAUCAAUUCCCCUUUCCCCUUUCCCCUUUAUUCCUUCUACCUGCUUUCCAACCAUUUUAUAAAAUAUCGGCAAUGGCACCAACAAAGCUCGAAACUGAAGACCACGGCCGUGAUGCUGCUUUCAACAGAGCCAUGCACGGCAAGUCGGCUCAAGAAAAAGCCGGCUUCUUGGCUAUGCUCACGAAGGAUAAGGAAGCCCAGGGUGCUGCUGUCGAUGAGUACUUCAAGUUCUGGGAUGGAAAGGGUGCCGGCCAGGAGACUGAGAAGGACAUGAAGGAGCGUGUUGAGAGCUAUGCUACCUUGACCAGACAUUAUUAUAAUCUUGCUACGGAUCUGUACGAGAAUGGCUGGGGUCAAUCAUUCCAUUUCUGCCGCUUCUACCCUGGAGAACCCUUUUACCAGGCCAUUGCUCGUCAUGAACACUAUUUGGCUCAUAUGAUGGGCAUGAAGGCGGGAAUGAAAGUUCUUGAUGUUGGGUGUGGAGUUGGUGGUCCUGCUAGGGAGAUUGUCAGAUUCACGGAUGCCAAUGUCACCGGAUUGAACAACAAUGAUUACCAGAUCGAUAGAGCUACACAGUACGCAGCAAAAGCUGGAUUGUCCCACAAAUUGGACUUUGUCAAAGGAGACUUUAUGCAAAUGUCUUUUGAACCUGGAACCUUUGAUGCCGUAUACGCCAUUGAGGCCACCGUACAUGCUCCUAGUCUUGAGGGUGUCUAUUCUCAAAUUUUCAAAGUGUUGAAGCCUGGCGGUGUUUUUGGAGUGUAUGAAUGGCUCAUGACCGACAAUUAUGAUGCUUCCAACGCCAAGCACCGCGAGGUUUGCCACGGCAUUGAAGUCGGCGAUGGUAUUUCACAGAUGGUCAGGAUCUCAGAAGCUCUGUGCGCCAUCAAAGCAGCGGGUUUUGAGCUUGAAUUCCAUGAGGACCUUGCCCAGAGAGAUGAUGCCAUCCCCUGGUACUACCCGAUUGCCGGCGAAAUGAAGUAUGUCCGUAGCCUCGGAGACUUCUUCACUGUCCUCCGCAUGACCAAACUUGGUCGUGGGGCAAUUCACAAACUUAUUGGCGGACUGGAGACCAUAGGGGUCGCCCCUCGGGGGACACAGAAGACUGCUGAUUCUCUCGCUGUUGCCGCCGACUCUCUAGUCGCUGGAGCUCAGCUCAACCUUUUCACACCCAUGUACUUAAUGGUUGCCCGCAAACCUAUGAAUUAGAUAAACGGUGGGAUAUUUCUCUCGGGGGGGUGGGGAUAAAAGGUGUUUUGGCAAUGGUCUCUAGAAAAUAUUAAUGACUCACCAGUCACGUAUAAUAGAAUUUCUUCCUUUAUCAUGAUAUUCCAUUUAUCCAUUACUAUUGUUUGGGGGGGGGUUUUCUUUUUCUGGAGUAAUAAACUCGGGUUAAUGGAACAAAUUUUGCCGCCUCCCAUUCUCACUGUACUAAGUUAAAUUCUUGGAAUUGGACUUAAUGCGGCGCUAUCCCGAUGAUAUUGUAUUUUCUUACACUAGAUGACUUCAAUGCCUAUCUCAAACACUAUCGAC